AGUGAGUGACGUAUGCCGCAUGUAGUGAGGGGGAGUUGUGAUCAAACAUUCAUCACAGCCUCCUGAUGGGGAGAAUAGUCAACUCAACAUCGACAUCAAUACGUGGACGCAUCGGCAAUGAAUCACAAAGGUUUCAAUCAAUACAAUCUGGGAAUGCUGUAGUCGCUAUACUACACCGAGAUGUUCAAUUGAAACACCAGUCGUUCACCAGGGCUCGUAGCCGACAACAAACAACAUCAUGUCCCAGAUCUUCUUUUGUACGAUUUACGAUGGCAAUGCCACUUUUGUUUACAAGUGUAAAACCGACUCGGAGUUGUGUUGCGGACGGGGAUGCUGUCCAAUGAUUUCAUCCAGCAAUUCCAUCUGGUCACAGUGGUACUUUUGGUUUGGGAUCGCCAUCUUCGCCAUUUUAGUGGUUGGUAUUCUAUUGACUCUGACGUCAAACAGUUGUCGUCCCCAUCCGAUCUAUACGGAAAACAUUAGCCAUGAGGCCACUCCUUCGCGUUACGGCAUUCGCCACAUUCUUGGAGUGCAACAAUCCAGGGUAACUAACGUUGCACCCACUGGUGUUGUGUGCGGACCAACGGGACUGAUCCAACCUGCUGUGAUCCAGUCUAAAUUCAGUUUAUUAAACAGCGCCAAUAAUCGCGAAAGCGUUGGAUUAGCUCCACUCAGACCGCCUUACCCACUUCAAUUGAACGCUAGACGUUUUGAUCACUCUCUGGUUACUGACGACCUUGUCUAAACAAAUUACCCGUGAAAGAUUCUCGACCCUGAAAAUGUAUCUUUGAACUCAGUCGCCUGUUUUGCACACGCAAAUGGGAGUCCAACUUACAAGUAUGGUUUUCUUAAAAGUACGUGCAAGUGCUGAAAUGAAAUCGAAGAAAAACACGUCAAGUAUUUGAAUGAA